UACAAGUGGUGGAAAUACAAAGCCAAUGGUCAGCACCUAAUUCAAAGUAUACUGAUGAUAGAUUUGGAUGGCUGAUUGACUAUAAAGUUAGCUAUAGUAUAAGGCUUAUCCAAGUUAGAUGCAGGCAUACAAUUUUAGACAUGAAUUCAGGGAAUGUUGAAGCUUCCUUACUGCCCAAACACGAUGAUAUCGAGUCACAAAACGAGAAGCUGCAAGGGACGGAAGAAGGAAUUGGGAUCGAUAUCAGGAAAGCUAUCGUUAAUCUCAAGAAGUUGAAGUCAUUUGAAAUUCUGAAGUCGGCUUUGAAAAUAUUUACCAGUAAUACCAAGUUUAUGCUCUUCAUGAUAUUAUCUAUUCUUCCUCUUUUUGUUUUUAUGGUCUUUUAUGAUAUAAAACUCCAGAAAUCAAUAAGUUUUCUUUCAUCAAACCCACUACUACUGCAUAACUACCCCAUGUCUAUAACAACUAUGUACGCAUUUAAUUCCUCAGUAAACAGUACUGCUUCAGCCUCACUAGAUGAUUAUCAAGUCGUGUUGUACGAUGGUAAUGAGCUCAUUAAUACAACAUAUUUUGAUCAAAGAAGGGAGUUUUUCAUAAACACAUUCCAACUUUCUCUCUUUUAUUUGCUUCUCUAUCCCUUUCUAGAGUUCUUUAGCUUGAGUUUAACUACGAAAAUUGCAUCGAAAGUUCAUGCAGUUGAGAAACUGCCAACUCUCAGAGAGCUGUUUCACCAGAAAGUUAAUUUCGGCAGUUCUUUUAUUACCUAUCUCUGUGUUCACUUGCUCUCAUCUGCGACAUUGUUAGGUCUUUCUUGGAUAGUAUUAUUUCAUAAUCUUUUCUUCUCAGGACCUAGCUAUUCCGAACAGGCUAUUAAUUUCUGGUAUUUAACGGUUUGCGUACUUCAGUCAGUGAUGUUUCUAGCUUUGCUUUACAAGUACCUUGAUUGGAGUGCAUUUUGGAAUAUGGGAAUGGUGAUUUCUUGUACAGAAGAACAAACUGGGGUUGCUGCGCUAGGAUUGUCAGACUAUUAUGGAAGGCAUUCCAAGAAAACCGGGUUUCAAUUGAUGCUCGGUUUUUUUAUAUUUGGUAAUGUUCUGAGGCUCCCUUGUUUGUAUGCCGGAUUAUGUAAUGGGAGUUUUGCUGGUGUUAUGAUCACUUCCAUUGUUAUAAUGUCAGUUUCAAUUGGAAACUUGGUGAAGUGGAUUGCUUUUCUAUUGUACUUUCAAUAUUGUAAGCAGCAAACGAUGGAAAAGAAGGUUGAUGAUCAUAAGCAGGGGAAAACUGUGAAAGCAGCUGGGGAUCUAUCUUGAUGUUUUAAUUUAGUUUUGCUUUGAGGCUAUCCUUUCUACUUGCAAAGUUGUGUAUGCUAUUGAUAGAACAAUGUAUACUACAAGAGGGGGGGGGUGAAUUGUAGUGUAUGUAGACUAUGGUAAAUUUUGCGGAAUUAAAUCUAC